UCACGUUUUGCAAUAUUGAAAGUAAGGAGAAAGUUCUGUUACAGGCUGGAACUGUCCUGUGGGUUUUAACAGGGACGAUGGCCGCGAUGAAAGGACGCCUGCGUGCCCUGAGGGUGAUGGUCCUUGUCUCACUUCUGAGUCAAACAGCACAAUUUGGAUUCAAUGAGAUAAAAUGGGAUGAGUUGACACCUGAUGUGGCUUUGCUGCACGGACUGAUGGGACUACCUGACCGAGUUGUACAUCAAGCUCCUGCACAUCUGAAAUCCAGCAGAAUGAAAAGAGAUGAACCGACCACAUCCACGGCAUUCUUCAAGGACCUAUGGAAAUGUCAAAAUGUUACUGAAUGUGUCAUUCAAAACGAGCAGAACUUCAGAAGAUUUAUGGAAGAAAUCGAGAGGAGCAAGAUUGAAGAUAAACUCCUUUUGGCAUCAGAGCUGUCUUACACUUACGGAAAUAAGCUGAUACUCAUCAUGGACCAGGAGACGGACACUCUUCAGAGGGCACAGCAGGAGUACAGUGAAGAUCCUCAUUAUUCCAUCAAGGUUGAUAAAGCAUGUAUAGAAAAUGACUCCUGUAUCCCAACUGCUGUCAGUACCACUAUUGUUAAGAUAUUUGGCAGGACCUCAGACAGUGGAGACACCCUUUCUGGUUAUUCUGGCUCAGCUCUUGCAACUCAGAUGUUGAGGUCGGAGCUGAUAUCUGCACCUGUAUUCUCCAUUGAUGGUAACACCAGUGCUGAGUUUCAGUACAACUUCAUGAGGAUUUUUAAGCCACAUGGUAUUACUCCUGUCCUGGAGGUAGCAACCCAAAAUGAUCAUAUUUACCAAGUUAUGGAUCAGAGCAGCAAAACUACUAGGUACCAAGUCCCAAAGAGACCUGUAGAUCACACCACUCAGUACGACUGGCAGAACAUCUUGAUCCUGGAAGAUGACCCCACAGUUCGAAAGAUGGCCAUCUAUCUGUAUGAAAAACACCCAACUGUGUCUUCUGUCUACAAGCUGGAGAAUCAGAAACCCAAACUGAUCAAAGGAGACGCUGUAACAUUGUCUCAGGACAGCAGACUGGUGGUUGUGGGCCAUGGAAAAAGAGAUGGUACAGAAAUGAAGGUGGGGGGAUACAGGGCCAAGGAGGUGGCUGAGAUCAUCUCACACAUGAACAGAGAUGGAGACCACAUCAAAACCAUUAGUAUGGUGGCCUGUGAGUUAGGGUCAGAUAAGGUUUUCAUUAGCACCUUGCUGAAGGAGCUCCAUGCCAGGUCCAUCAAAACUAAAUUUCAUCUGCGGAGAUCUCUGUUGCAGGUUGGUCCCUCCGGGAAGAAGAUAACAGUGGAAAUGACCCCUGAUGGAAUGAACUUCAAAAGAUUUACAGAAGAAAUCGAGAGGAGUAAGAUUGAAGACAUCAUGGACCAGGAGACGGACACUCGUCAGAGGGCAGAACAGGAGUACAGUGAAGAUCUUCAUCAUUCCAUCAAGGACAGCAGACUGGUGGUUGUGGGCCAUGUAAAAAGAGAUGGAACAGAAAUGAAGGUGGGGGAAUACAAGGCCAAGGAGGUGGCUGAGAUCAUCUCACACAUGAACAGAGAUGGAGACCACAUCAAAACCAUUAGUAUGGUGGCCUGUUAG